UUUCCAACUUUCUGUUACUAAAGGUAACAACUAAACAGACUUCAUAUAACUAAAGUCGGUACAAUCGUCUUCCUAAAGAAAGUUCGCCUUCCUGAAAAGAAAGCUUGAAAGUAACUCAAUUAUCUCUCUGUAUCUUCCAUAUGCUGUAAGGAUCAACGUUAGUUAAGUGGAGAAAACCCUACAAUGGCGUCUUCUAAACGAAAAUCCCCAACCACGGAUGAAGUUGUUGAUAGUCAAAUACCCAAGUUGGAUGCUACCGCCGCCCAUGUCCAGCCGUCUCUCACCGCCCAUUUGCCACCGGUGGCCCUUAAUCCGGCCGACUGCGAGUUAGAUUUUGAUAUAGAAAACAAUGGACUCCAAGGCUCAGCACUUUAUCGAAAUGCGUUUGCUUGGUGUUGGUCUGGUGCUCGCGCGAAUGUUGGAAUAACUGGAGGGAAGUAUUGCUUUGGCUGCAAAGUCAUUUCAGAUCAACCUGUAAGCAUGGUGUACAACACACAAGACGGACAACAUUUAUGUCGAAUUGGUGUUUCAUGGGAAGAUGAUCCUGUUGGGGACCUUGGAGAAAGCUUGCAUAGUUUUUGUUUUGAAGCAACUGGAGAUACCUAUACUGCUGGAAGCUGUUCUGAAUAUGGUGAGAGUUUUGGAGUUGGUGAUAAAAUAAUCUGCUGCCUUGACCUUGAAAAUUCCAAUAAUGCAUCAAUCGGUUUCUUCAAGAAUAGCAAAUGGUUGGGAGUGGCAAAACAAUUUGAGGAUCAUCCAAACUGGCGAUCCGCUUUUUUCCCUCAUAUUUUACUGAAAAAUGUUGUGGUUAGAUUACAGUUCAGUGUGGAGGAUGGACUAGAUGUCGUUGAAGGGUAUAAGCCAUGGGCGUCUGCAUUAGAAGAUGAAAAAGCAUUUUCUGGCCCAACAUUCUCAGAUGUUCAUUGUUAUGAAUUUAUAAUGCUGGUGGGUUUACCCGCUUCAGGCAAGAGUACUUGGGCAGAGAAAAGGGUGAAGGACUAUCCCGGCAAGCGUUAUAUUGUGAUUGGGAAAAGUUUAAUGCUUGACAAAAUGAAGGUGCCUGGUCUGACCCGCAAGUAUGGUUACGGUGAGAUGUUAGGUGAGAUCUUUAACACUCUUUUAUCCAGGGCUUCAAAGCUUCCCCGUAAUUUUAUACUCGACAAAAUGAAUCUGAAUAAGAUUGAUCGAAAGUGCGAACUGAAGUCAUUCUCGAAGCAUAAAAAGAUCGCUGUCGUCAUUUUUCCAGCACUUAAAGAGCUCAAAAUGCGUAGUGAUAAACAAUUCCAAGAAAUGAGGUCGAAAGUCAAUUUCUCUUUACCAACGAGCAAAGACAUGCCUUGUACAGAUGAAUACUUUGAUGAGGUUAUAUUUCCAGAGCAGGGAAGGGAAGAGGCACAAAGGUGUUUGGAUUUAAUGAAAGCACAUAUACAUUCAGGACAACCAACAAAUCUUGCACCACACCCAAGACCAGAAGAAGCAAUUUACAUAAACCCUGCAGCUCAAUAUGACCCUGGGUCUUCAUCCGUGCAAUGACCUGGCGGAGGAUAUGCACUGAACAGAGAUACGCACCACCAGAAUCCUAGCUUCGUUUCAGGCACUACUGAUGAACAGCUUCUAGAUAGAUUAACCAAUACAUACAAUGGAUAGAGCAUAAGAGAAAAAGGGACGAAGUAUAUAGAAGGGAGUGAAUAUAUGUCAAUGCGGCUAUUCUUUUGAAAUCUUACUCUUCUGAAUGUUGUCUUACUCGAAAUCUAACAACUUUUGAUGUGUAUAUAUUUCAGUAUUCAUAGUUCGUCUCAACAUAUUACAUAGUACUAAUUAGUACUCCAACUCUGCACUAUUUUUAUAACCAAAGUAGUUUUUACAACAUAUGUAAAACCUGAAAAAAAGUUAUUCACAAUGCUAAAUAGCUAAAAUUUCAAAAACUUCAUUUGUACACCAUUACUAAUGACCGUUAAAAUACAAGAAACAUCGGUGUUUGACAUGGAUAUUUAGAAAAUAAAGGAGAAGGGGGAAAUUGUUUAUGGAAAUGGAAGAAGCAGAGGUAUGGUAGUCGAUGUACAUACUAUUCUUUGUUGCACAAAUGGUAUGGUAGUCAUUGUACAUUAAUUAUGAUGUUAGAUGUUGAGAAAUGAGAAGCAAGCUAAUUUCAUCUUCAAUCCAUUCUCUAAAGGAGCGAGAAGGGCUGGCCGAGCUUGGGGGGCGGGGGUGUUUGUACAAGUAGCUAGUGGGGAGAAAUACAAUGAAUUAAUAAAUGAAUGAAAAUUAUACUCCUUGGUAAGGCAUUAUAGUCACAUCUCUCUCCAUAAGAGGCAGCUAAGAUGUAAAUAUUAGUCUCCACUCUUGAAAGUAUUUUAUAGGAGUUGAUGAUGAAAUAAUUAAUAAAGGAAUGGCUUUUUCAACCCUUUUCUCCAAUUUGUGUGUGUGUGUAUUUGAUGUGAAUCAAGCUUGGCUGUGGCAUGCUUGGCUAAAUGAGCGACUCAAAGCGAGUCAAGCUCAAGUCUGGGUAGAUCGAGUCGUGCUUGAUAAAGAAAAGUCGAGUUCGGUAAAAUAAAAUGCAUUUGCAGAUCAGAAUAGUAUGUGGAGUGGAACAUGAUGAUUUGAAGAGACUGUUUCAUGUGUCCAAGGGAAUUCGAGAAGCGACAUUAGUUGGUAAGAAGUGGCAUUUCGAGUAUAGCACACCAAGGAAAACUGUUGGCUUCAAGAACAGAAACUGCACUGAGAAAUCAAAAUGGACUGAUGUGGUGGAUGAAGUGGAAGCCCCAAAUGCACCUUUGAGGCAAUUUAGGGUACCAACAUCUUGGUUAAACGGGAAAAAGCUGGCGGAAUUAUCAGUAGAGUUCUUCGCGACGAACGGGGAAGACAAUUGGCCGAGGAGAAGGGGGGAUUUAUUUAUGGAGAUGGAAGAAGCGGAGUUAUAGGUAGUUAGUGAAGAGAAUAAGCAGGUCCUGUACAUGCCAAUGUUUGUUAUACAAAUGGUAUGUUAGUUUUGUACAUUAAUUAUGAGGAUAGAUGUUGAGAAGCAAGGUAGUUUAUUCUUCAAUUCAUUCAUUGAAGGAUUGGGCUGGCUGAGCUUGGAGUGUGUUUGUACAAGUAGCUAGCUGGGGAGAAAUAGAAUGAAUGGAUAAUUAUACUCCUCAUUAUAGUCAUGUGGAAGGAGGGAUGGGUUGUUGUUUCUUCUCUUUCCAUAAGAGAAGAGUAAGAUGUAAAUAUUAGUCUCCCUCCACUCUUGAGAGUAUUUUGGGUGAGUUGGUGAUGAAAUAAUAAAUAAAAGGAAUGGCUUUUUAAUACC